GACAACACUGGAGAGGCUGGCAUUGGCCCCCAGGCUGGCAUUGGCCACUCCGGGGCUCUUGUUUUGGAAUGCCCAGGCUGGCAAUGACUGCUGCCUUCUAGGCAGAGCUGAAGGGUGCUUAUGAGCUCCGCAUGCUGCCCUCACUGGCUGUUAGUCUUGUAAUGGUUGCACAGUUCUUAGGAGGCAUAAGCCCAACUGUGUUUUACCCCAGUGGGCUGCCAGAGGCCUGGAGCUCUUGAGGUGAUGCAGAGCCACAUGCAGGUCCCUUGUGGUCUCCAGGGCAAAAUGCGGGGCCCCAGCCCUGUGUGCCCAGCCUGCAGCACCGGUCUUGGCAAGGAUAAAAUUUGAUACUGGUUUUGCUGUGCUGGCCUGGCCUGUGUCUGCCCUGCCAUGUGUCACCCCUGACCUGAGCCCCAUGCUCCUGCCUGUCCCCACGCCACUGACGGUCCCUGCAGGGCUAGCACAGGAUGGCGUGCUGGCACAGGCUGUGCUUCAGCUCUGCUGUGCAGAGGGCACUGCAGAGCGCCCGCGCUCAGCUGGGACGUUGCUAACGAGGAAGCAAGGAACGUAAAAAACAAGCCCUGGCUCAGCAAAGGAGCUACAAACCACCCGAGUCAAAUCACGUCUCCCAGCCUGGUGGCUCAGACAACACGGACUGUCCCCCAUCUGGAGGAAGCCUGGCAGCUGAGCCGACCGUGGCAGCGCUUCCUGUGAGCACUUGGAGCCAAAUGUGAGGUUGCUGAGUUGAGGGUGUUGCAUUUAACAGGGCUGUGGGCCAGGUGCCAGCAGCCAGUCAUGUCUGCAGGUAGCGGAACAGCUCCAGCACACCCAUCCCUUUCCACGGCCCCAUGCGCAGCAGCGUAAUGUGGGGGCAGAUGGAUGGACUGUGGUAGGAUGAGCCCUGCCCUGCUCCUGCUUCUAUUCCUGGCCAGCUGCUCCCUGCUCCAGGGGACGCUGCUGCGGCCACGGCACGUGAGGCUGGAGGCACAGAACUUCCACGUCUGGCUGCACUGGGAGCCAGACCCCAGCUCACCCAGCUAUGCCACCUAUGAGGUGGAGUGGAGGAACAGGAGGGCAGUGCUGGGCAGCCCUCCCUUUGGGCUGCGAAGAUGCUGAGAAGAAGCAAUUCCUGUGCUUUCUCCCUGGGCAGAACCUCGAACUGGACCAAGGCAGGUGCCUGCCGGGGGAACAGGAGAAGCUCCUGGGUGUGUGAGCUGUAUUUUGACAGGAUUCAUGAUAUCUACUGGGCACGGGUGAGAGUGGUGGCCGGAGCUGAACAGUCCGAGUGGGCCAGUUCCAGUGAGCUGCAGCUGUACAGAGACACAAUUAUUGGCCCCCCCAAGUUGUCCUGGCUGCUCCAGGAUCAAAUCCUCAGCGUAAAAAUCAUCACACCACUCACUCCCUACAAGAAAAGAACUGGUUCCUACAAGCCAGUUGACCGAGUGCUGCUGAAGCUGUGGUACUGGCUGCACCUGUACGAGGAGGACGUGCUUGUCCAGCAGGUGCCCUGCAAACGGAGCAGUGAGAAAGUGCCUUGCACCUUUGGGCACCUGAAGCCCAGCACACAGUACUGUGUCCGGACGGUGGCUGCAGACAUUGCCAGGGAGCGGAGCCGGGAGGUUGAGCAGUGCCUGGUGACUCCAGCAGGCCCUGCAGGCUUUCCAUGGGUCCUUGCCGUGCUGAGCGCCUUCUUCCUGCUGCUGCUGCUAAGUGUGGCCGGGCUGUGCUUCAUUCAGCUGCAUGUCUUUCCCAGUCCUCCGGAGAUGAGCCUCCCAAAAGCACUGGCUCUCCAGAACAGCGAGCUGAGUGUGCCCGCCCAGGUGCUUCCCCUGCAGCGUGAGGAGGACGCGCUGGCGCUGCUCCUGCAGGCGGUGCUCCCGUCCCACGGGCCAUCCACAGCUGCCCCACGGCUCCUCCGAGGCCUUGCCCAGGAUGUCAGUGGCUACUGUGCCAACGGGUUUGGCCCAGAGUGCCCUGAGGAAAGGGACCCGUCCUGCACCCACAGCCAGCUGGGCCACGCCUUGGGUUCCCAGGUCCCCUCACAGCUGGAGGAGGAUGGGGAGGCAGGUGAUGGGCAUGACUUGCCAGAGCAGCUGCUGCUGGUGGGACCGACUGGAAACAGCUACGUCGGUGACAGGGACAGCCAGAUACCUGAGCUAUGGCUCCCCCUGAGCCUCCAGCUUUAUUCUAAAUGCCAGUGCCCAGUCCUGGCAGCAUGCUCACACCUUGCUCUGCCCGUGCCAAGCAGAAGCUGCAGCCAGGAGUACCCGCAGGAGAGUCACGGCUCGGCUGGCCACCGGAUCCGGCUCAGCUCCGUGAGGCUCCCGGCUGGGGAGCAGGAGGAGGAGGAGGAGGAGGAGCAGGAGCAGGAGGAGGAGGCAGGGCAGCUCCUCCGCGCCCCCCAAGCCCCGCUGGGCGGGCCGGGGCCGGAGCGCGGUGGCAGGGCUGUGCAGCGAGGCUGCUCGGAGCAGGGAGAGCCGUGUGCUUCCAGCCCCUGGCAGCCCCGCUCGCCCCUGCGGGCACCUGCCUGCUCCGGCUACGAGCCGCGGGCCCCCCCGGCAGCGGGGCAGGGCGAGCGGGGCACCCCGAGCCCCCCGGAGCCGCCCGGGCAGCGCGGGCUCCGGGCCCCAGCGGCUGCUCCCACCGGCAGCCACACGCACGGGCCACCGCUUUCCUCUGGGCUUUUGCUGCCUUGAGACACAGCAAAAGGAGCAUGGACCAAAGCUGAACCUCCAAAACUCUUACCUAUUUAUCUGCCUCUGUGUGUGCAUGCGCAGUACAGUAUCUAUACUAAUGUAACAUAUAUUUAUAAAGCUCUUUAAUGAAAAAAUGUUGGGGUUUUUACUUCUGUGGUAAUGUUGAUUAUGUGCUAGAGUUUUGGGUUUUUUUAAAUAUCACUAAU